AUGAGUAUGGCAACCCUUCACGAUGCCGCGGCCCCUCGGAAGAGAAUGGCCACGUAUGGCAAGGCGGCACGACGAAGGAUACCGGAGUUCAGCUUUGCCUCGAGAUCACAGAAGUCGCAGACUCCUGAGGUCCAGAGUCAACCUGAACUCCCCUCAACGUUCACACAUGCCUCAGCAGCGAACUCGCUGAAAUCCCUUCCAAGGGCCCGAUCAGAAGCGAGGACCGCGUCACCUGCAUCUCCUCCUAAGGGCGACGCUUUCCACGUUCCCUCCAGCGAUGAUGAAACCCCAAAAGCCAUUCGGCAGCGUGCCAAAACCCCAGUCAAGCAGCAGAAGGUGAAGGUGAUGCGGCAGAGAUCAGUAUCGAGGCCAGCUCCAUCUGCAUCUCCGCCUAGCCGGGAUAUAUUUGAUGUACCGGAGGACGAAGAGGUUCCCAAACUAGUUCACAAGCCAGUUCAAAAGAAGACGCUUCUGCCUUCAGUACUGGAUCGUCAAAAGCUGAAACCUACGCAAGCUGCACCAAAAGCGAAAACUCCUUCACUGCCAUCUCCUCCUAAAGGAGAUGUAUUCGAUGUGCCUUCCAGCGGCGAUGAGGCAAAGCCAACACCCAAACCUGUCCACAAGGUCCGGCAGGCCGCAAUUACGAGAAUUGAUCCCAAACCCAAACCCAAACACACUGAGAAGGCUUCAACAGACACAGCUGAAGAUUUGGGAAGCAGAAAAAGGAUGAAGAUGACUCCAGAACCGGAACCUUUGCUCAAGCGCCUUCCUGCGAACGCUGUUGUACGGCCUCCGAGACCACGGCCAAGUGUGCUCCCUCGGAAAAAUCGUCAGACGUCCCCAGCAAGUGGACAGUUCAUAAAAGUGGUCCCUAGUAGACCCAAACCAAUGCCUCCAUCACCCAAAAGAUUUGAGGUACCAAGCACUCCCAAAAAGCUUAGCCCAGCGCCCCCGCGUGAGCUCAGUACUCUUAGCACGCCAUCGCCGCAGUUAAGUGACAUUGAUAUGAUGGAUGUUGAUCCUACGGGAAACACGAUUUCGCCAAGGGGAAUGGAGCUAUGGCAGGGUCUCUUGGAGUCGGCGGAAGCCACUGAUGAGAAUAUGACAGCAACCAACAGCAAGAUUGACCACAUAGUCGCUGGAACACCCAGAGCUGGGACGCCAGGAGCACAGUUGCGUACUCUUUCUCGGCCAGCAGGAAUCUCAAAAAGCCAGAAGAGCCCGGCAAGAAUGCCACGGCGAAGGCUGAUCGACACCCUUGUUGAACAAGCGGCCCGGGAAGAGUCAGAUGAUGAGAGCGAGGAAGAAGAAGAAGAUUCCACGCAAUCAAUACUUGUCAGAGCACCUUCGAAUGAGCUUGAAGAAGCACUAGCAGCCUUUUCAAGAAGCCAAAGUGUUAUUCCAGGGUCGUCUCAACCUGCUAUGGUUUCAGAGAGCCAGAAUUCACAACUCUCCGGCCCGAAGUUUACGUACAGCAGACAGAGAUCCAUGCUUGAAGAGCAGGAUCUGAUGCAUGAGCUUGCCCUUGGAUUGCCGUCUCAGCCAUCUCAACCGGGGGGUAGGCGGGGACGUAGAGGCUCGAUCCCGACGCUCAAGCCACUAACGAGCUUUCAUGAGGAGGAAGAUGAAGAUUCGACAAUCGGAGCUGUUCGAAAUGUUCAUGAGCUCAGAAAAGCCGGUGCCAAUAACCGUUUCCUGGAUGAGGUGCAGGACUACUUGGAUCGAAUCGGAAGGCCAGACAGCACGAAGCUGUCUAUGCGAAGAUCUGGUCUGUUGGAUCUUGCUAGCAAGAUGAAGGACAAAGAGUUCGCCGAGAAGUUUCGAGCCAACGGCAUGGAGAUGAAAUUGUUCAUGCAUUUGGGUCUGGAGCAGGAUGUUGUUUCUGGCUAUCUCUUGGUCUCGCUGCUCAUCACAACACUGAUGGAUGGGAGCAUACCACACGUCAUAGCUCAGUUGCGACGACAAGGCAUCACAAGGCUGCUUAUCCGUCUUCUCGACUGUCCCUCGGGCAUUGCUACUGUCACCCGAGACCGCAAAACCAACAUGUCGAAGGUUGCACAGUCUCUGGUGGCCGAGCACCACGACUAUCUCCUUAAAAUACCCGUCUGGGACGAGCUUCAACCACAAAUCAUUUCGCCACGGACCCUGGCUUUAAAGUGUAUUGAGCGAAUGGUCCGACAAACAAGAGAAGCAGGAAAUGCCAGUGAUAUAUUCUCGAAGGAGCUGACAACAAACCUGUUCGGUCUUUUGCAGUCGGGCUCUCGAUUAGAAUGGUGGAACCUUCCCAAGGAUAGACAAGCAAUCGACUUCUAUCUGGCGUUGUCGGCCCUAGAGUCCCAUUCUAUCACCGCGCGAACAGUACACGACGAGUCGAUCUGGAUCAGCGACUACCUGCCUAUUAUUGCGGAUACACUUGUGAUUGCGUUAUCGCGACCGUUGGAUACUUUUGGACAACAACAGGCUCUCAUUCUACGACUCACGCUGAACGUGACGAACAAUAACCCCAAGGCCUCGGACGUCUUUGCAAGACCGGCCCUUAUGUCAGUAAUUGGUCGAACACUCGUGGCGAAGUUCAAACAAAUAUCACGCUUUUUGACUGAGGAUGAUUUUACCGUAGUCAUUGAGCACUUGGUUCUGUGUCUAGGAAUGAUGAUCAAUUUGGCAGAUCGAAGCUCCGCUGUUCGAGAAAGUCUUCAGAGCUUAGAAGGCGACGUGAGUGAUCCACUCGACUCAAUGGUACAAACGUUCCUUGAAAACCAAGAGCGAAUGUCUAUGGCCGAGUCAGUGGAAGAAUCACAGAAGAACGUCGCGUUCGGAUACCUCUCGGUCCUUCUUGGAUACUUCUCCCUGGACCCCACGAUCGAGAAACGAAUCAAAGAGAAACAAGCACGAAAGACUUUGAGGCCAAUAGUGGCUUCAAUCAAAGAAUUCAUCGGCCAUCACAAGACAGUCGAUGAUCUGAUCGCUGCAGACGAAGAUGGGCAUAACCCUCAGGCGGGGUUAACGGAGCGGUUGGAAAGUCUGGUGAGCAAGUUGGAGAGCCUCAGUUUCUGA